AUGAAGAAAUCAACCACAUGGCAAAACUUAAAGAGAAAACUUUCAACAAAAGGAACUUCCCGUGGAUAUCGAGACAAUUUCCAACUAGAGGAACAAGAACAACAAGAAGCACCAGUAGAAGAUGAUACCUCAUUAGAAGAUGAAUUAACUGAAACAGUACAAACAAUCAAUUCAAGAAAAAGCCGCUGGAGAUCAUUUUCAAGGAAUGCCAUCAAACCCAAUAUGAUCAUCAAUAACAUAGAAUCCAAUCUGAUUUCAAAAAAUAAGAAAAAGGAACCCCUUCGUCAAUCCUCUACUGAAUCAGGAAUGUCAUCAAUAUAUCCAGUAUUACCAACUACAUUACAAGUGUUGAACGAAGUGGAAAGAGGCCCCACAAUUCCCAUUAAGCUUGGUCUGUAUUCCGGGAUACCCAUGAGUAGAACUAUCAUUGAUGAACUGUCAAGGAUGACAUUUGAAGGUUCCAUAGCUCGUCAUAGACUCUUGGGACAAAACCAAUUAUUAUAUCAUGUUUGGCAUGUUUGGAAAUAUGGAAAUGAUCUGGCAGCAAAAGUUCAUCUUGUAAUUGAUAAUGAAAAUGAUUUAAAACCAUUCUUGGAGGAAUUAUCUAAUGAGGACGAUUAUAAAUAUUGUUUAAUGAGAGCUGCGAGUGUUCCUAAUUUGGAUCUUUAUAAGAAUGGUUAUCUUAUUCGAUUAAAAAUAAAUAAACAUAAAAAUCAGGAAGAUUUAACUCAUUUCUAUUCAUUUGUUACUGAACAGAUUCUUAAGAAUAAUAUUUAUGUUGAAGGGUUAAAAAUUGGGAUAUUUGGAAUUACAUAUUGGAAAAGAGGACAAAAUAGAGAUUUAGGAUUAUGGGUUCAUCCAAUUAUGGAAGGUACAUUUGAUAUUGUUCGCCAAGCAAAGAGAUUAGUGGGAAGUAUGACUCGAUAUCUAUGUGACGACAUCUUCUCCAAGCUUACCGUGAUUGACUCCAAUACCUAUUCAAGGAAAGUCAUUUAUAACCCUUGGUAUAAAAAACGAGCUUGGUUCUAA